AUGGCCAGGACUGGGCAAGUCGCGCUCAAGGUCUGCCGCGCGGACGCGGCCGCGGCGGCCGCCGCGGCGCGCGAGGCCGCGGCGCUCGGCGCGCUCGGCCCGGGCGCGCCGUCCGUCGCGCGGCUUCUGGGCGCCUUCGAGGACCGGGGCCGGGCCGUGCUCGUCCUCGAGCCGCACCGCGAGGACCUCCGCGCGUGCUACAAACGGUGCCGGCGCCGGCGGGACGCGCCGAGCCUCGGCGGCGUGCCCGUGCCGCUCGCGCGCGCGGCGGCCGCGGGCCUCGGCGCGGCGCUCGCCCACGCGCACGGCGCCGGCGUCGCGCACCUCGACGUCAAGCCGGACAACGCGCUCGUCGACGCCGCGCGGGCGCGCGUCGUCCUCGGGGCAGGACAAGAGAGCGAAAUUCCCAACUUCAAAGGCUCCUUUCUCGGCCGUGUCGUCCUCGCGGACUUUGGAUCCGCGCGGACGUCCGGCGAGCCGCCGCUCGACUCCGCGUACGUCGCGUCGCGCUACUACCGCGCGCCGGAGACGUGCCUCGGCCUCGGCCACCCGGCCUUCCCCGCGGACGUCUGGGCCCUCGGCGUCACGCUCGCCGAGGCCGCGACGGGCAAGCUCCUCUUCACGGGCCGCGACAACCACGCGCUGCUCCUCGCGCACGCCGCGCGCCUCGGCCCGCCGCCGCCGCGGACGUUCGCGGCCGCGCGCUUCGCCGCGAAGCACCUCCUCCCGGGCGGCGCGCUCCGCGCGCGGCCCGCGGCGGAGGGCGCCGCAGCCGCGGCCGACGACGCGGCCGCGCCGCGGCCGCUCGCCGCGGUCCUCGCCGGCUCCGGCGCGACGACGCGCGCCGCGGGCGAGCUCCUCGACCUCGUCGAGGCCGCGCUGCGCUGGGACCCCGCGCGGCGCCUCGACGCGGCCGCCGCCGCGGCGUCGCGCUUCGCGCGAGGGGCCUAA